AUGAAUUUUGAAAACAGAUGGGUCUUGAGAUCCGCUCUGAACUUCGCAAGCGAUGGAGAAAUAGUUAGAGAAGUAGGCAGAGAGUUCCAGAGAAAAGGACCAGAAAAAGCAAAAGCAGAUUUGGCAAAAGAGUGUUUAACACGAGUUAAGAAAAAGCGAGAAGAAGAAGACGAUCGUAAACCGGGGCGUUUAGAGAAUUCUUUAAGUAAAUUAGAAGGAAGUAGAUCUAGAGAACAGGUUGUAGACGACAUAGAAUUAAUAAUUUUAGUUAGUUCUAAAAGAUUUAUUGGAGUAAAUACAGAGAAAGAUUCAGUACGCUCCUCAAUGAAUUUUGAAAACAGAUGGGUCUUGAGAUCCGCUCUGAACUUCGCAAAUGAUGGAGAAGUAGUCAGAGAAGUAGGUAAAGAGUUCCAGAGAAAAGGACCAGGAAAAGCAAAAACAGAUUUGGCAAAAGAGUGUUUAACACGAGUUAAGAAAAAGCGAGAAGAAGAUGACGAUCGUAAACCGGGGCGUUUAGGUUCAAUUAAUAUAUCUGAUAAAUACUUAGGAAAUAAUUCAGAUAGAGACUUAUACAUGAACGUGCAAAUUUUAAAAAUUAUUCUAUAUGGUAGCCAAUGCAAGAGAACAAGAUAUGGAGAUAUAUGA